GAGGUUGCGGGUGAUUUUCAACAAUGCCCUGGGCACUUUGAACUCAUGAGCAGCAUCAAUUUAACGCGGCUGAUGCAGCACCGGGGCGAUCAGAUGGCUGAUGGAGCUGGACAGGUGUUCGAAGCAUUCUGGGAGUCCUCCCCAGCCGAAAGGGCGGAGGCUCUUCGAACAUCGGGCGUCUACAUUUACUUGCGGGAGGGCGAGACUAAGGCUGCAAAGAAGAAACGCACUCAAGGCCCACUCCAUCCGGACGCUCUCCUGCAGGAGGAAUUUCAAGCCAUCACGCCCGUGUUGCGCCCGGACCGUGACUGCCGUACGAGCCGGGAGUUUAGUCAGGAGUCCCAAUGCCCGUUCUUCUCCUUCGACUUCGGUUCGCUCUCCUGCAAGCCACCACACUUAGCGAGGUGGGCCAGGGACUGCUCCGAAUUCCCACCGGAGUUGCUUGCAGUCGGCGGGAAAGAUGGCCAUUUGUACUACCUGCCAACCAACAUCAUGCAGGAAAUUUCUGCUCGGACCACGUUUGGGCGGAUUCUGAAGUCAGGCAGCUUCUUGCACGAGAUAUAUGCAAGGGUGCCGCUGCUCUUCACCCCUUCCACGCCACUUUCACUUCCACCUGACGUGAAGGUCCGAGUGGUGCCAGAUAUCGUAAACAAAGAUGGCGAAAAAACCACCGACGGUUGGGGUGAAGUCGGACCUGCGCUGAUGUAUGAGCUGAACCUAAACCCUCGCGGUGGGUUUUAUUCGCUCAUGCAGCAUCGGUGCUUGCUACCAGUCGGCGAAGACUUGGAUGUGGUGGCCAAGGGCAUGGUGGGGCUCAAUGAGUCGCUGGACCGGGAGAUCGUUCUGUACGAGAGUUGUGUGAAGGUGCGCCUUCCCCGCGCAGCAGGACUGUGGUCUUUUGAUUUCACUUGUGAGUUCAGGCGGGCAGGUGCUCUGCUGCAGUAA